UGCAGACGAAAGGACAGUAUUAACACACGCAGUCUCACUCUGUUCAUCAUGAGCUUUGGAGCAGCCUGCAUCUUCCUGAGGGGAAGGAAGAACACUCCAAGAGAACUGGCAGAUGAUGAAAUAGAAGAGCUUAGGGGGGCCUUUAAUGAAUUUGACAAGGACAAGGAUGGGCUGAUCACCUGCAAAGACCUGGGAAACCUGAUGAGGACCAUGGGGUACAUGCCUACUGAAAUGGAGCUGAUCGAGCUGAGUCAGAACAUUAACAUGAACCUUGGGGGCAGAGUGGACUUUGAAAACUUUGUGGACUUGAUGGCCCCAAAGCUUUUGGCAGAGACUGCUGGGAUGAUUGGAAUGAAAGAACUGAAAGACGCCUUCAAAGAGUUUGACACGGAUGGAGAUGGGGAGAUCACUGCAGAAGAGCUACGGUUUGCCAUGAAAAAACUGAUGGGCGAGCACAUGAGUCAAAAAGAUAUUGAUGCAGUGGUCAGAGAAGCUGAUAAUAAUGGCGAUGGAACUGUGGACUUUGAGGAAUUUGUAAAGAUGAUGUCACGCCAGUGAGAGGAGAAGUGAGGAGCAUUUAUAGAAGAGAAGCACUCGCACGAAAAUGUGACGGAAGACCAUGACUGCUCAAAAAACA